GUGUGUCGUGUCAAUUUGUGAGUGCUGGCUGAAACAGUGGCUGUACUGUGCUUCGCGCUUCUUUUCGUCUCUUAUACGUUUAUUUCGGAUAUAAAAGGUAAAACAGACAGGAAAGUACUUCUAAAAUUUUAAGUCUAAUUCUGGAUAAUCAGACAAGACUUCGAACACUGAGUAAUAUAGUCAGGAUGCAACUUUCUAUUGUAGUUCGAGCUUUGUGUUUCCUAAUCUCCGGGUCGCAACUAACUGGAGUUGAAAGCACUGGAGAGUACUGCCAUGGCUGGACCGAAGCUGAAAACUGGCACAAAGGUUUCCAGUGUCCGGAGCGUUAUGAUGGCCAGGACGCGAAGUACUGCUGUGGAACUUGCGCUCUGCGGUACUGCUGCACGGCAAUCGAGGCGAGGUUGGACCAGACCACUUGCGACAACGACAAUUUUUUCGAGAUGGGAAACGACAUGCAAGCCAACGAAACUCCGCCACAAGUGCCUAUGUAUCUGCCUUUCGUGAUUGUGGCUAGCACGUUUGUGUCCUUCGUACUCGUUGGCUCCGUUGUUGCCGCCUGUUGCUGCCGAUGCCUGAAGCCCAAGCCUGGAGAGAGCCGCGGCGAAUCGACCCCGAUCCAGAGCCACUUGCUGGAAUCCGGGCCUCCCUCUGAUGGAGCGGCUACGUCUUGCCCCUCCAGUGCCAGUUCCGGCUCCACGGGCAGACAGCACAACGGUUCUGAUGUGGGCACAGAGGAUGCGGUGGGAACCAACAGCAUGUAUGCGCCAGCAGGGAGAGCUGGGUACUCCACACCAGGUGCCCAUGCCAAACAAUACCUUGCCCCACCACAGGCCCUGGGCCCCUUUUUCCAGCCACAGUACCUAAGCUAUGGAAUCCCCCCAGAGCACACAGUGCUGGUGACCCCUGCCUACCUGGAUGGACAUGCCACCUAUGGGCAUCAGCAGCCCUACUCCUUCCCACAAGCCCCAAUGCACACCGAGCCAAUAUACCCUGGCAUUGCCAUGUGAACACCUCUGAUGAGAUCAAACUGGUAAAUACAAUUUUGUGUUGAGGGACACCAUUACCAUUACACAUUGUUUACAUUGUUAUGUUGGAGAGUAGUUUUCCAGUCAGAUUGCCAAAUGACAAAAUAACAGAAUGAUUAGAAAUUUCGAAAUGUUGUUACUGUGGUCAUGGAUCAAUGAAAAAGUUGUGUGGCAUAUCACACAUUUAAUACAAUCUGGAAUUCGCACUGUUUAAUGCAAUACCAAACAAACUUAUUUUUUAUUUUUAUAUUUUUAUUUUAUUGUUUUUUUGCAUUAAAAAACAAGAUAUACUACAUGGAUAAAAAUGGAAUUCAUAUUGAAUUGACAAAUUUACAUAGUGAUCAGAGAGUGUUAGGAAUGCUUCUUCUGAAAAUAGAAAACGUAAGAUUUUGUACCAUUUUUGUAAAAUGUUUAUUCACUGAUAUCAGUGUGACUUAAAAAAAAAAAACUUUUAUAUUAUAAUUUGCUUACAUGUGUGCCUAUCCAUGACACUUUUUAAACAAUGUAAAGGCCUUCUGUACUACAAACAACCAUUGUGAGUGCAACAUGAUGCAAAAAAUAAAAUUGUAUAUUUUGUAUGUAA